AAUAUUUGCAUCAAGCGGAUAUAAAGUGGCUGCUCUACUCUUCACAGUUAAUUUGUUUGAGAAGCACAAAAUUUCAAUCAUGCCUGAUCCAGUGAAAGCACCCAAGAAAGGCUCAAAGAAAGCCGUCUCUAAGAGCGUGUCUAAGACCGGCAAGAAGAAGAGAAAGACCAGGAAGGAGAGCUAUGCCAUCUACGUGUACAAGGUGUUGAAACAGGUCCACCCUGACACCGGUAUCUCCUCCAAAGCCAUGGGCAUCAUGAACUCGUUCGUCAGCGACAUCUUUGAGCGGAUCGCCGGUGAGUCCUCUCGCCUUGCUCACUACAACAAGCGCUCCACCAUCACCUCCAGGGAGAUCCAGACCGCCGUCCGCCUUCUGCUGCCCGGUGAGCUGGCCAAGCACGCCGUGUCUGAGGGCACCAAGGCCGUCACCAAGUACACCAGCUCCAAGUAAACUAGCAGCUGUUUACUGGAAACACAAAACGGUCCUUUUCAGGGCCACGCACCUACACCAAAGAGCAGUGCUCCUUAAAUACAAACUUUGUCAACUUGUAUUGUAUG